AUGCCCAACAAUGUUGCUUUGGGCUCUGAAUUCUUCCGAGAGAGAAAAAUGGCUUCUGUUCCUAGGCGCCAGGCCCGAAUCGACGUUCUUUGUGAUCAGGCCUUGCAACAAUAUCGGCAGGUGUUGAACAAUAAAGAGCCCACCAAGGAAAACCAAUUACAGCCUAGUGGGUCCGCAGUGCAGAUCUCCUCGGAGGAUGCAACCCAAAAUGCCAAAGAGUCGAAGAUCAAAAGUGGGAUCACUGCGGGUAGUGGCUCGAUUGUCAUUGUGGAUGAUACCGGGAAUGAGUCGCCUACCAUGACGGGGGCUGUUCAAUCUCCGGAGUCGCUUGCUCCGAAUCGGUUUUUUUCCGGCCAAGGGGCCGUGCCAUCUAUCUACAGUGCGCAGAGGGACGGUGAGCAGGUUGUUCCUGUUUAUUACAAUGAUGAGGAAAAUAGCCAAAGUCUCGCUUUGGCUGCUUACCAACACCACCGGCUAUAUCCUUCGAGCUCGAUACGUUCGUCUUUUUCUAAUGAACGUCAAUUGGUACCUCGCAAAAAGCCAUCGCUUUCGCUUCGUCUGCGCAAAUAUGCUUCUUUCCAGAGCGGAAUAUCAAGACAUCAUCGGUCAUCAACUGGGAGCGAUGCCGGCAAGUCUUACAUGAGCUCAAAUGUUGGCAAUGACAUUACGGACCAUUAUCAAGACCUUGGACCAUCUCUUCGUCGACGUCCAGGUGGCAAUCUACGCCAAGUACAGCAUGUCGAUGAAUUGGAACCGGAUCCCUAUAGUCGUCGUUCUUAUGAUGACUCUUUGGCAGAGACCACGACAACCACCACUGAUGUUGCUUCUCGCCCUCCGACACGUUUAAUUCCACCUAACCCUUACCCGGAGGGGAAUAUAGACCGCGGCCAGAAGAUUCAGAGGCGCUCUUUCGAGUCAGCCAUAGCUCGAUUUGCAAGGAUUCCCGAUGAAGACGACGGUGGAAUUGAGUGUACUUUGUUGAAGUUAGAGGGCAAAUGGCCUGGUUCGCCGCCUCCACAGCAGGAGCAAUUCCUUAUCGGCUCUGGUGAUGGGGACGGCCAAGGAAAUCCUCGCUGGGAUGCUGUAUCUCAGAGACGCCAAACAGAUAAAUCUGGCUACUCCUAUUCUACAGAAGCAUACUCUACAGCCCGAGGACGGCUUAUGCCUCACCGACCUUAUUCGGAUUCUGUCACUGAGUCCGAGGAGUCUUACAAUUCAAUCCCUCUGCUCGAGCGAGGAUUGGCGGACGAGUCAAUGAAGCGUCCGGCUUCUGACCGUGGCGUGAUUGGGGCCCCUCUAAGUCUUAUAUCCAGUCGAGAUACGUCGGAAUUUGCCUCAUCCCACCCCUCAAUCCAAGUCAUCGACGAGACUGAAAGCCUUCGGCGCAUCCGCCCAGGAUCAACAGUCCCCCAGUCGAGUCACUUGGACGCCGGAGAAAGGACUCCUAGACACCUGUCAGCGCCCAUCUCGGAUGUUUCGGUCAAUAUGGUACGCUCUAGCGAUGGCCACUUAUCUGUCGAUUCUCGGAGCUUGUCAUCGUCGACUGUUGAUAUUCCGCCACAUCCAUUGGCACACCCUCCUUCUCCACCCAUGACCAUUCAACAUCCAAAUUCUUUCACCGCGCGAAUGUCACCCCUGGACAAGGUUCUCGUUCCACCCCAAACUCUCACACCAGACGCUUCACCGAGAUGUCAAGGGGGCCAGAAUGAGCCUCCAAGAAACGUCGCACAGUUCUCCACCGAUGUCCUCCAGAACUCAGAGAAGGGCCACAUGGAAAGAGAUUUUGCCAACGAGAACGGACCUGAGCAUGUCCCCUUCGUUCUCGCAUGUGAAUCUCAAGUGCUUGCCCAGCAAUUGACCUUGAUAGAGAUGGCAGCCCUGAGCGAGGUUGAUUGGCGCGAUCUGGUCGAAAUGAAAUGGAGCAAUGCUUCUCAGACGAUCCGAAGUUGGGUGCAAUUCCUGUAUGUCGAGGAUCGCAAAGGCAUUGAUCUAGUUGUCGGUCGCUUCAAUCUCAUGGUGAAAUGGGUCUGUUCCGAGAUUGUCCUUACCAGCGAUCUUCACGAACGGGCACGCACCCUCAUCAAAUUCAUUCAUACUGCCGUCCAUGCUCGGCGCAUCAGCAACUAUGCCACUAUGCUCCAGAUCGCCAUUGCUUUGUCCUCUUCGGACUGUACUCGCCUGCACCGCACGUGGGAAUUAGUACCUGCGGAAGACAAGCGGCUAUUUAAAGACAUGGAGUGCUUGAUUCAACCUGUUCGCAACUUCCAUGAUCUUCGCGUCGAGAUGGAAACAGCCAAUCUUCAAGAAGGCUGCAUUCCCUUUAUUGGUAGGACUCGCCACCCUCUCUAA